AUGUCGUCCACGCCGCCGGCCGUCGCGUCCCCUGCCUCUGAGCACACCAAAUCCAAGAAAAAGAAGAGCAAAUCCAAGGACGCCUCCGCCGACCCCGACCCCGCCGCCGCCGCCGCCGAUACCACGUCGCUGGCGGACGCCGAGGCCAAGACUGAUGGCUAUAUGAUCAAGCCCCAGGCCCUGGUUCCGUCCCUCGACACCUCCACCUGGCCGCUCCUCCUCAAGAACUACGACCGCCUCAACGUCCGCACCGGCCACUACACCCCGCUCCCCUCCGGCCACUCGCCGCUCAAGCGGCCCCUCGCCGAGUAUCUGCGGUACGGCGUCAUCAACCUCGACAAGCCGUCCAACCCCUCCUCCCACGAGGUGGUUGCCUGGAUCAAGCGCCUCCUCCGCGUCGAGAAGACCGGCCACAGCGGCACGCUCGACCCCAAGGUCACCGGCAACCUCAUCGUCUGCGUCGACCGCGCCACACGCCUCGUCAAGUCGCAGCAGGGCGCAGGUAAGGAGUAUGUGUGCAUCGCCCGCUUCCACGCCGCCGUCCCAGACACGGCCCGGGUCGCUCGCGCGCUCGAGUCUCUUACCGGCGCUGUGUUCCAGCGCCCGCCGCUCAUCUCAGCGGUCAAGCGCCAGCUCAGGGUGCGGACCAUUUAUGAGAGCAAGCUGCUGGAGCAUGACGCCGAGCGCCACCUUGCUGUGUUCUGGAUCUCCUGCGAGGCUGGAACCUAUGUCCGGACGCUCUGUGUGCACCUUGGGCUGCUCCUGGGUGUCGGUGCGCAUAUGCAGGAGCUGCGCCGUGUCCGGUCAGGUAUCCUCGGAGAGCAGGACAACAUGGUCACCAUGCACGAUGUGAUGGAUGCAAUGUGGGCACUUGACAACCACAAGGAUGAGUCUUACAUAAGGCGUGUGGUGAUGCCGCUUGAGGUAAUUCUUACCAGUUACAAGAGGCUUGUUGUGAAGGACUCUGCUGUUAAUGCUAUCUGCUAUGGUGCCAAGCUUAUGAUUCCUGGGUUGCUCCGGUUUGAGAAUGACAUUGAUGUUGGGGAAGAGGUUGUUCUCAUGACUACAAAAGGGGAGGCGAUUGCCAUUGGUAUCGCUGAGAUGCCCACUGCUGUUAUGGCGACUUGUGACCAUGGUGCUGUGGCGAAGAUCAAGAGGGUGGUGAUGGACAGGGACACAUACCCAAGGAAGUGGGGACUUGGUCCGGUGGCACUUAAGAAGAAGAAGAUGAUCGCCGAGGGCCUCCUUGAUAAGCAUGGGAAGCCGACCGAGAAGACCCCAGCUGAGUGGCUUCGAAAUGUGGUGCUUCCUACUGGUGGUGAUGCGAUGAUUGCUAGCCUUGCAGCUGCUCCUGAGCCCGAGAAGGUGAAGGUGGAACAACAGGAUGUGGUGCCAAGUGAGGAGGUCAAGGAGAAGAAAAGGAGGAAGACUGAUGAGGAUGAUGUGACUGCUUCUACACCUGCAAAGAAGAUGAAGGUGGAGGAGGUCACUGAGGCAGUGGAAGGGGAGAAGAGUGAGAAGAAGAAGAAGAAAAAGAAAGACAAGGGAGAACCAGGAUCAGCUGUUUCGGAGGCAGUGAAGGAGGAGAAGAGCAGUCUGUCUGAUGAGGAGAAUGGUACCAGCGAGAAGAAAAAGAAGAAGAAGAGCAAGGAAAGCGGUGAUGAUGUUGCUCCAGAGAGUGCGGAAGUUGAGAAGAGCGAGAAGAAAAAGGACAAGAAGAAGAAGAGCAAGGAAGGCAGUGAUGAUGUUGCUACAGAGAGUGAAGUUGAGAAGAGCGAGAAGAAAAAGGAGAAGAAAAAGAAGAAAAGAGAUGCAGAGGAGGCACAAUAG